AUGGAAAUAUUAUCCGGGGAGCAAGAGGGAAGGUUUGAUGAAUCCGCGAAACGUUCACACGGCACUCGAGUGACGCUCCCUUUUGGUGUGGUCCGUCAAGGGAACAAUCGUAAAACACCAAUUAUUGACGAAGAGGGAAUCUACCACUCGCAAACCUCCCCGGUCACCAGGUGUCAAAAAGAGGUUGACAUCGGAGCACCAAUGUCUGAGAAAGAGGAAACUCGCUCCACGCGACGCAUAGAUGAUCAGAUGGAGAAUCCGAAGGAAAUCAUCGAAAGACGUUGGAAUCGCAACAAUGAAGAGGAAGCAAGGGGUUCCUCGUGGCAGCGUGGUCGCAGGCGAACACCCUUUUGCCAAAUGCCAGACGGACGGUGA